AUGAUCCUUCCCGGCCACUCCCUUGUCGCUCGCAAUAUCAUCACUGGCCUUGUAUCGCCAUCACUACAAAUCCAGCCAUGUGGCGUUGAUCUGACGUUAUCGAAAGUCCUUACUUGGACCUCGGCUGGGACUAUUGAUUUUGACAACAGCCAACGCCGGAAAGCUGCUACCAAUGAGGUUGCUUUCGUCCCUAUCCAGCAAAGUGCAGGGGAAACUUCCGAGGUCGAACAUGAAGUUGUUGAUCUUCCCCAAGGCUCCUAUCUUGUCGAGUUCAAUGAGACUGUCUCAGUGCCUCUGGAUGUGAUGGGCCAGCUCUAUGUCCGGAGUUCUCUGUUCAGAUCAGGGGCUCUUCUGAACGCAGGAGUGAUGGAUGCUGGAUACAAUGGCGCGGUGGGAGCGCUGCUGCAAGUGAUGAAUCCUGCGGGUCUUCGACUAUAUAAAAAUGCAAGACUCGCGCAAUUUGUGUUCCACCAGAUGAGUGAGCCGGUGGACGGGUAUGACGGGGUGUACCAGGGGAGUGCAACGCUGAGCGAGGGAUAG